AAAUGUUUGGUUUAGUUGUUUCAAAUUCACUCUUAUCAAAAUCACCACUGUACGUAAGACCUUGUGCGGCCUUUACCUCAAGGAAGCUACCAGUGUUGACAUUAUUCACUAAGGAAGAUUGUACCCUCUGUGAUAACGCCCUCGAAGUUCUAAAGCCCUAUAGUCACCAGUUUGAACUGGAGAAAGUGGACAUAACAUUGCCAGAAAACAAGGAAUGGUAUAAGAAGUAUAGAUAUGAUAUUCCCGUGUUCCAUCUGAACGGACAAUAUCUGAUGAAACACCGCACUGAUCUACAAGUGUUCUUAAAGAGAAUGGCAGAAAUAGAAAGGACCAAUUAAUAAUAAUAUCCUCAAUCAAUCAUAUAUAUAAAUGUUUUUUUAAAGAAAAAAUGUUAUGUAUAACUCGUACAUAAUAAAUUUCUUCUGAUAUAUCUAAGGAUAUUUUUCUUUUCUGUCUUGCUCGAUGAAAGGAAUAUUUGCUGGAUUUUCCAAUGUAUGAAUGUAUAAUAUAUUAUUCAGUAAGGAAAUUGUUGUUUGAAUAAAUGGCAGUCGGAAAAA